GUUGUACAGAAUUCCGUUCAAGUUCUAACGCUUCUCGAUCUGGCUGGGCAUUCGAAAUAUCAGCGUACUACACUUGCAGGCUUGUCGCGAAGUCAACCGGUUGGCGUGUUGUUGGUUGUGUCCGCGACCACCGGUCUAACCUCAGUCGGACUGGAGCAUGCAGAACUGGCUCACGGACUUGGUUUGCCUUUGGCUGUGGUGAUCAGCAAAAUCGACCAGUUGGUUGGGGAAACGGAUCGAUUGAAUAUUGUCAAUACAAUCCGUCGAGAGCUGAUACGCAAACUAAAUGUGACCACAUCCUCGCCCUCAGGGAAGGAAAAUCCGGAACGAGAUGCAGUCAGUAUCACGAAAGGACGAAAAUGCUCCGUUGGGUGA